AUGAGUUCAACAGGUAUUUACACCGGUUUAAAUGAAAAUUCCAGGAGUUCAAGUAGAGUCCUAAGACCUCCAGGCGGGGGCCAUACAAAUUUAUUUGGUGAUGCUGGAAACGAAUCCAAACCUGCUCGAAAAGACCAUGGAAGAAAUAGUUCUUCUAUUUUAGAAGGAACAAAUACUCCAACUGCAUCUCCAACGACUCCAACAAAGACUGUGGUACCUCCACCGAUUCCACAAGCCAAGGAACCAGUUUCUCAACAACCAAAAGGCCGAGUUCCACCGGGAGGUUCUACCUAUACAGCAAUGGCCAAGUCAAAGAAUCACACAAAUCAUAACCAAAAUCGCAAAGCUCACCGUAACGGAAUAAAAAAACCAAAACGGUUUCGCCAUGAAUCAACCUUAGGGAUGGAUGCCAAAUUCUUAAAAAACCAAAGGUUCUCUAAAAGGCACAAUCUUAGCGCCAAACAACAAAUUAAGCGUGCAAAUGAAAGGAAAACAGAGCGCGAUAAUAAAGGAAAGAAAUAGGUGUAACAUUACUUAGUAAUAAAGUUUUCU